CGCUGCACCUCGCUUGUGCGCAACUGUCCCUGCAGGAUGCUGGUCGUCCCUGCGUGUUAGCUCGGAUUUACCUUGAUAAUGCCCUUUCGUUAUGACCUCUCUUUCGUUCUGCUAUGUAUCAUUAGCUUCGUUGUCCGAUUCGCAGCCGCAGGCGUGCUGAGAAACUACACGAUUGGCCUCGCCGACCCCUUCGUAACGUUCUCGACAGGGUGGAACACGGCGACGUAUGCAAAAGGCGAAUAUGUGUUCGCAGAUCGUCUGGGGGACAGAGUCCUCGCGUUGCUUCCUGCCAACACUGUUGCGGUGCAUUAUGUCGGCCUCAAGCAGGAUGCAGGGGCACUCUAUGCGGCGUGCUUGAACUGUCACACAGCUGAUGGAUCACGAUUUAUGCUGGUCGAUGCGUCUGAACGCUGCGAGGAACCAACAACGGCGAUCUUGUUCUCCUUUAGCGGUCUUGAUCCCACACAGCUCCACAGCCUUGAGGUUGUGAACCUCGAAGAUCCGAUUUUUGGAUUCACUAGCCAAAUUACGUUUGGCUCAUUCAUCGUGACAGUCCUGCAAGACGAUGUGGUCCCUACUAGGCAAGGUCAAGUGGGCUGGUUGCCGGCGGGCUUACCCUCAGACGGUUCCGUGAGCAAGUCGUUAGCGUCGACCGCAACCGCCAUAAUCACAAGACGUCCGUCCGACACCUCGGCCUCCUUUACUUCUACCCUGCGGAGCUCUGUCGUUAUCACGACAGUAUCAGGUAGCGAGCCCAGCCAUGGUGACCCUCUAGGGACGUCAACGCAGACUUCGCCGGCAAGGGGCAGUUUGACAUCGGUUCUAACGUCGCUUGGGCCCUACCUCAAUGACGAUUAUGUCUUCCAUGCCAUCGGUUCUGCCUUCGUCCUCUGUUGCAUGGAGCUCCGGGAUGCUGUCCACCUUGUCGACCUCGCAGGCGAGCACUCAAGGCUCUAUCUCUACAAAUUCAGAGUCGGCACCACCUACGUCCCUUCCUUCAAGCGCAAGCGUGACUUCAGCUGA